AUGGAUGAGCCGCAGGGGAGCGGCGGGGGAGAGGGCAGCCAGGAGCGGCAGGGGGGGGCCGACGCGGCCCAGGGGAGCGGAAGCGGCGGGGAGGAUCAGGAGCCCAAGACUGAGCAGCAGCCUUCUCGGGCAGCGGGGUCAACGCGGGCUGGAGAUAUCCAGGUGCUGUUGAGGAAAAUAGGUGCCGAAUUUCGUGACUCCAUGGCGUUCAGUACUGGAAUCGCAACUCGCAAGCUUGAGGCCAUUCUUGAGUCCAUGAAGUCUGAGGACCUGUCAGAUCAACAACAGGGCCUACAUGAGCUGUGCCAGUGCGUAAUGAUGUCAUCAGACGACUCCCUGGCCUCAGCGCCUCAGCUUGGCGAGAUCAUCCCUCUUUUGGUGAAUUUCCUCAGUGCAGAGCACAGCUUUGAGCUGAUGCUGUACUCUGCCCGGUCAAUCAGAUACUUGGCUGAGAAUCUGCCGGGCUCAUGCCGUCAGAUGGUGCAAUUUGGGGUGGUCCCAGCUCUUAGUGCCCGGAUGCUGGCAAUCGAAUUCAUCGACGUUGCAGAAGAAUCCUUAUCAGCUAUCUUCAGGAUAUCAAGAGAGGAACCCAAAACCUGUCUUGAGAGUGGGGGAGUAACAGCUGUUCUUUUGCACAUGGAAUUUUUGGACGCUGGCAUGCAGCGCAUAGCUGUUGAGGCUGCUGCAAACAUGUGUAGAGCUGUCAACCCAGACACAUUUGAGAUGGUUCAGGGCCAGCUGGAGAAACUUGUGACGCUGUUGAAGUAUGAGGAUGCACAUAUUGUGGAAAGGUCUUGCACAGCACUGGUUCGCAUCUGUGAGGCCAUUACUCAAAGAAGGGAUCUGAUUGGUGUGCUGGUGGGAUGUGGUGUCAUUGGGCCAGCGGUUGAGAUGAUCGCGGUGGCAGAAACAGGGGGCAUGGUUGCCCCGCUGUCCCCCACGACCUACUUUGGCCUCAUUCGCUUGCUGGCCAUAUGUGCAGCGAGGUCCCACAUGGUUGCAGAGACGCUGCUGUCCUCCGGAAUCUCUGACACCAUGCUUGCCCUGGUCCGGAGUUCUGGCCUGAUUCACACAGGCGAGGGUGGAGGCCUUGUGCGCACAAACGAGCACCUGUCCGACGUCUUGAUGCUUGCUGACAGUGUCCUGCCAGCGACUGACGGCGCGAAUGGGGAUGAGGAUGGCCAGGAAGACGCAGCUCAGCACAAUGCGUUCGUGGCCGCAAAUGCCAGUCUGGUCAACAAGUUUGGCCAGGACAUGCUCCCCCUGCUCAUGCAGGUCUCCAACACGGUGCACCUGCGGCCCAGGGUGCUGUCCAUAAUGGUCAAGGUGGCAUUCCACGUGGAUGUUGCUGUGCUGGAGGAGCUGGCCCAGGGGCUAGCAGUCUCAGGGUUGGUGGCCUCUCUGCUUGUGUCGUCGAAUGACCACAUAGUGGGGCAGGUCGUGGGGCUUGUUGAGUUGCUGAUGGAGAAGCUCCCAGGAGUAUUUGCCACACAGUUCAUGAAGGAGGGCGUCGUGCACGCCAUGAACAAACUGGCGCUGAGCUUGGACAAGGACACAGAGUUGGCCCCGGGGGCCCCUUCGCCGUCCACCAGUGAACCGGCUCAGUCGGUGUCCACCCUGCGACGGGAGUCUGUGGAUCGUGCAAGGGCGUUCCUGUCCACACAUUUUGGGGAUGUCUGCAGCGGCACCGAGCCAGAGGAACUGGGUCACCUGCGAUGCCUCAGCGCCCGCCUUACAGAACCGGGGGUGCUGCGUGAGCUGCUCGUGACCCUGAAGGCAGAUAAUGGUUCGCGGGUGUCUGUGUACGAGUUCCUGAACAGUGGGAUGAUCGGUGCGCUGAAUGCAUUCCUGCGGGUUGAUGGGAACAAGGGUUUUCGGAGGGACGUUGCUGAGGGCAUGCUUGUGAAUGUAAAGAGCCUGGUGGAUGCCAGCCUGGGGCCUGAAGCAGGGGAUCAGCCACUACUGGUGUGGCUGGUGCGCAAGCUGAGAGACGCCCUGAUGGCCAUUGAGGAGUUUCCUGUGAGGGCAAUGAUCGCACGGAGGGUGCGUGUUCACAAUCCUCUCAGAACAGGCGAGGCUGACCAGAGCCACAGGCUGUGCUCCAUUGGUGUGCCAUUGAAACUGAAACUCGUGCGUCAUGAGGAUGAGACUGCACUGAAGGAGUUCAACAAGGACACCAAGCAGAGCAGUGAGCUUACUGUGGAGCCCAUGGUGACGAUGCAGGCUUUGGAGGACUGGCUGCUUCAGAGGGUUACCCCCAGCAGCGAUGCGGAUGGCGAUGCUGGACCCAGCUCUGCAGCUACCAAAGGCAGGGGUGCCGGCGGGGAGGAUCAGCAGGCCGAGGAGGCAGGAACGUCAUCCUCAAGGCCCGGGAGAGCUGGUGAGAGUGCUCCAGCCAAUGGUCGUGGAGCGCCCAAUGAGCCUAAUCGUGUGAUGACGAGGGCCCAGGCUGCCAAGCAGCUUGAGAAUGCCAGCUCGGAGGGCAAAGGGAUUGAGGCGAUGUCCGAGGACGAUCAGGACAUGGCAGAGGAGGGUGUGGAUGUUGGGGAAGUGGUUGUGGGGGAUGACAACAUGGACGAGGACAGUGAGCCCAUCCAGGAGGGCAGCAUCAGGGGAGAGGAUGAAGAUGAGCUGGAGUCAGUGUCGGAGGAUGAACUGUCAGAGGAUGGGGAACCUUUCCUUGGGGAGCUGCAUGGACUGAUGUCGUACGCCCAAGCAGCACAUGGGAACAGGGACACACAGCCAAGGAUCGUUUUCCAGCUUGGGGAUGUUGCCUUGCUGCCGCAGACCACAGUGUACCAAGCCAUCAGAGAGUACCUCGCGAAGCAGCACGGCCUUGAGGAGGAUGUGGAGGGAGACCCAGAGAAGGUUGCCACCUGGCAGCGGUGCUUUGAGGAGACAUUCAGCUUCAAAUACAGGACAGCCCCCAAGGUCGAUACUUCAAAGGAGAGGAGGGUGGCCAGAAAGAGGCAUGCUUGCAGACAACAACCACUGCCUGUGGCUGUGCUUGGUCGGCUGGCACUGCCUGAGGACCUCAAUGUGAGCGCUGAAGUCUGGGAUGUGCUGGAGCUCAUGUACAAGUUGGACACCAUAAACCAGCUAGCGCCAAGGUGGCUUCCAAAAGGCACCACUGGCUGCCACAAGGUUUCCAGGAGGGAGUUCAUCUGCACCAAGGUGGCCUCCAAGCUCACUCAGCACUUUAAGGACCCUCUGACAGUUUGUGCCAGGACCAUGCCCCAGUGGACUCACCAGCUGGCGACUUCAUGCAAAUUCCUGUUCCCAUUCGACUACCGCAGGAAAUACUUCUACUGCACGCGUGUGGGUCUGCCCCACAUCUUGAAGUUCUUGCUGGAAGAGCGGAAGGCUGCUUCUGGCAGCCCAAGCUUGACCAUGAACGUGAUUCGGGAUGACCAGGGCCGACUUUCAAGGCUGGCACAGCUCAAGGUGACCAAGCAAGUGAGGGUCGCCAGGCGAAACUUGCUUCCAGGGGCCAUGAAGAUAAUGGAAAUAUAUGCUAAGAUGCAAGGCCACGAGCUUGAAGUCCAGUUCCUUGGUGAGGAGGGAACUGGGACAGGGCCCACACUGGAGUUUUACACACUGCUGUCCCAUGAGCUCCAGAGACGUAAGCUGAAGAUGUGGCGAACAGAGGACAUUUCGAUGCACAAGAAGUCGACCAGAGAAGAAGAGGAUGAAGAGGACAAGAAGACGAAGGGGCAUGGCCUGGACGUCCAGGAGCAUGUGUAUGCCCCACAGGGGCUCUUCCCCAAGCCCAUUCCCCAGAGCAAGGUCACGAAGAAGAUUCUCAACCACUUCCGGCUGUUGGGACGAGUCAUGGCGCGGGCCCUACUUGACCAGCGACUCCUGGACAUGGACAUCAAUCCCCUGUUCUUUAAGGUAGCUCAGGGUGAGGCUGUUGACCUGUACGACAUCAAGGAGAUCGACAGUGCCCUUGGUGCCACUCUGGAAAAGCUUCAGGCCGAAUUGGAGUCCUGGAAGGCUGGUGGCCGGCGGGGACCCAUCGCUGUGGAUGGCACUGCCCUGGACGACCUGUGUUUGACCUUCACUCUUCCAGGCAACGUGGACUACGAGCUCCGAGAGAAGGGAGGGCAGUCGAUCGUGCGAACGAGCACACUGGAGCAGUACAUUGAAGCGGUCGUGAGGGCCACGCUCCAUGAUGGCAUCGAGCUCCAGGUGCAGGCAUUCAGGGAAGGAUUCGAGGAGGUGUUGCCACUGGAUGUUUUGGAUUGCUUCUACGAGGAGGAGAUGGAUGUGCUGCUGCGUGGCAUCCAAGAACCGUGGACGGUCAAGAAGUUAGCAGACUGCGUGAAAUGCAACCAUGGGUACACAACCCAGUGCCAGCCUGUGCAGUGGUUCCUGGAGGUUGUGUCCGAGCUCCAGGGAAUGGACCAGCGGCGGUUUGUGCAGUUUGUGACAGGUUCGCCGCGAUUGCCACCGGGAGGGUUGGCCAGUCUGCACCCACCAUUGACGGUCGUAAGGAAGACUCAGUCGGCCCCCAGCACCGAAGGCAGCUCGGGGGGCGCCGCGUCCCUGGACGAGUCGCAAAACCUCACCCUGCCGUCUGUGGCAACCUGCCAAAAUUACUUCAAGCUGCCAGCGUACACCACCAAAGACAUAAUGCGCCGCCAGCUGCUGUUUGCCAUCACGGAGGGCCAGAAUUCUUUCGACCUGACCUGA